AUGUUGUCACACUGGGCAUUUUCACGUAACAAGGAGGGCCGACCAUGUCCACUGUACACUGUAGGAUGCACAAAGGUUCACUCUUUAGCAGAGGCAGAUCAUGGAGAACAUGUUAAAUUGCUGCUAGCCGCUCGUCUUUCAGGAACAUACGCUGUAAUUAAUUUUUUUUUUCUUUAGUUAAAUGUGAAGUUUAAUACUAAUUCUUUAACCAUGUUUUUUCUUCUAGAAUAUACUUACAAAUCUCGAGAUUUGUUUUUGUUGUCAUGUUUUUUUUAUGUUAAAAAAUUGCCAUACUAUAGCUAUUUCUUAUUUUUAGAUGUUGUAUAAUCUUUGGGUGUGUGCAAUGUAGAUUGUUAUAUUUAACAUAUUUAUUUUCAUUAUAUUAUUGUUAAGAAAGGAGUUGGAGUUUCCAUUAACUCAGAUUUUUUAGUAAUCUAGUCAUUCAUCUAUUUCAUUCUUUAAAGUUUAUUUUCCUUUUUUUCUAAUGCAUGUUGUGCACCUUUUUUUAUCUUUUUAGGCUUCUGAUGCAGGCUUAGAUGGUAUUUCCUUUGAUGGGUCAUGGAAAAUAGAAGGCGAUGUGGUAUCGCCCAUCUGUAGCCCAUUGUUUGAAGGUCAUGCUGCUGUGAUCAGAAUGGAAAUUUUAAAAGAGAGCGGUAUUUCCGUCAAG